GCAGGCGCACUAUGGAGAGACGCGGCCUCCCCCGCGGAAUCGCGCAUCUGCGCAGUCGGUGUUUAUUGUGACCGACGGGCCGCGGCCCCGGAUGUUGUGGCUGCCGGGGGGAGAUGGCGGAGGCAGAGGGGGUGGCCGCGGCCCCAGGCCCAGCCUCGGGGCCUACUUUGAGAGGUCGCCGCACUAUGUCAGGCUCCUGGGAGCGAGACCAGCAGGUUGAGGCGGCGCAGCGGGCCCUGGUGGAGGUGCUGGGGCCUUACGAGCCUCUGCUGAGCCGGGUGCAGGCAGCCCUGGUGUGGGAGCGGCCAGCCAGGAGCGCCCUGUGGUGCCUGGGGCUGAACGCGGCUUUCUGGUUCUUUGCACUGACAUCCCUUCGUCUUGUAUUUUUACUUGCAUUCAGCUCAAUGAUCAUUGUGUGUAUAGAUCAAUGGAAGAACAAAAUCUGGCCUGAAAUAAAAGUGCCAAGACCCGACGCAUUAGACAAUGAGAGCUGGGGCUUUGUGCACCCUCGGUUGCUCAGCGUGCCCGAGCUCUGCCACCACGUAGCUGAAGUCUGGGUUAGUGGGACCAUUUUCAUAAGGAAUCUUUUGCUUUUCAAAAAGCAAAACCCAGGCAAGUUCUGCUUGCUGAGCUGUGGGGUGCUGACCUUUCUGGCCGUUUUGGGCCGCUACAUCCCUGGGCUCCUGCUGUCCUACUUCAUACUUGUCACUGUCAUGAUGUGGCCCCUUGCUGUGUACCACCGACUGUGGGAUCGAGCUUACGUACGGCUAAAGCCAGCUCUGCAGCGGCUAGAUUUCAGUGUCCGUGGCUACAUGAUGUCCAAGCAGAGAGAGAGACAAUUGCGACGCAGAGCUCUACACCCAGAGCGUGCAAUGGACAACCACAGUGACAGCGAAGAGGAGCUUGCUGCUUUCUGUCCUCAGCUGGAUGAUUCUACUGUUGCCAGGGAAUUGGCCAUCACAGACUCCGAGCACUCAGAUGCUGAGGUCUCCUGUACAGACAAUGGCACAUUCAACCUUUCACGGGGCCAGACACCUCUAACAGAAGGCUCUGAAGACCUAGAUGGUCACAGUGAUCCAGAAGAAUCCUUUGCCAGAGACCUUCCAGACUUCCCUUCCAUUAAUGUGGAUCCUGCUGGCCUGGAUGAUGAGGACGAUACCAGCAUCGGAAUGCCCAGCUUGAUGUACCGUUCCCCACCAGGAGCUGUGGAGCUCCAGAACCCACCUGCCAGCCAGGACGAGGCUGUACUGCCGGAGCUCCUGCUUGGUGCCCUGCCUGCAGGGUCCAACCUCACCAGCAACCUUGCCAGCCUGGUCUCCCAGGGCAUGAUCCACCUGGCCCUGUCGGGGGCCUCUCAGCCAGGCCCUUCUGGCCCACCUCCCCGGAGAGGAACAAGAGGCUUCCUCCGGGCCCCUAGUUCAGACCUAGACACUGAUGCCGAGGGGGAUGACUUUGAACUUCUGGACCAGUCAGAGCUGAAUCAGCUGGACCCCGCCAGUUCCAGGAGCCACUGAGGCAGAGACUCCUUUUGGGGGUCACUGUGGUUUAGGUUUUUUUCCUCCCUAUCCCACUUAAGGUGAAGGGGCAAGGGAAGAACCCAGGCCCCAUCCACUGAAUUCUGUAUGUAUGCCUGAUGGCCUGGCUGAAGCCCAGGCCUGCUGAGAGAGGAUACUCACUCCCCUGCUACCAGCUGGACGCCCAUUUCUGAGCUCAAUCACUGCAGUGAGAGUGCUCCCCCAAGGGAGGCUUCUCUUCAUCAGAAUGGUACUUUUGGGGAACAAAGUAAUCGGGUAUUGGUUCCCCUUCAAGGGGGUUCUGCUGUUUGCUUCUAGGUAUGGGUGCUCGGGGGCCCUCAGUGAUAGAAGCCACCCUUUUUUCCUUCCUCCCUUCAUCUCCUCCCUGGAGCUCCAAGUCAGGCAGCAGCUGGAAGAGUUAUAUUGCCAUUCUCCUCUUUCGCUAAGCCAUGAUUUGAUUUGUUUUUUUCUAAGCAAGUUUUUUGGUUCUGCAGAGCAGGCCUGUUCCCUCUGCCCCAGCCCAUCCUCAUUUCUUGAGGCCUAACUUCCAGUGCUCCAAGGUAGUGGUUGUGAAAUUUAAGAAAUGUGAACACGAUGUGGGGGUGGGCCUCUUCGACAUUACCUUGGGCUGUGGGGUCAGCUGGCUGAGAGGGCGGGUGCCUCUGUAGCUCGUGGUCUCGCUGAAUCCUCUGAAGCUGCCUGGUUAUUUUUUGGUGCUGCUAACCCCUGGCUCCAUCUGACCAUCAGCCUGAGCAAUGAGCAAAGCAAUACCAUACCACAUCAUA